AUGCCAACUAUUCAUUCCUCCCAGAAUAAUCAUCCACUUCCUCUCAGCCCACCGGAGACCGAUCAAGAAUCUCUACCGGUUCAACUGCCACAUGCUUCUCUCGUCGCUGGCGCAGAGCUGGAACAGCUGGGGCAUUCUGCUUUGAGUUUUCCUGAGCGUUCUAGAUUCCAAUCCCGCAGGACGUCCACUCUGCCGUACCAGAACUCGGGAGCAGUGCGUGAAAACCGCGACCGAACUCCUUCACGGGCCUCAAAGUCCUUGAUCGUUGUUCUUCCUCCAUCAGACUUUCCUAUGGAUCAUGGUCAACUAAGCAACAUGUUGUCCAUGGGACCUCGUCACCGUUUAUCUCAAGGGAUCCUCAUGCCCCUGUUCCCUACGAUGUACGGGCAGCUCACUGCAAUCGCACGGGAGUUCAAUUUCCCGAGCACCGUAGGCUUGUGUCUCUACCAUCAUAUCACUGAAAAUGGUAUCACCAUGACGCCGCGCAUCUCUGACGAUGUCUGGCAGUACCUGUGGGCGCAUCUCGUCGAGUCACGUAACGGCUCCCAACAACUACCCAUCGGUGGUCGUGUAGAAUUUGAUAUUGAUCUCAACAAAGCCCGCUGGUUCGAUGCCUGGCUUGCCGGUACACUGCGCGACGACAACAUUGUUCCUGCUCCACAGUCCCAUGCAUCUAUACUGCACUUACAUGGAGAUAGUAAGACUACAUUUGCAGAGGAACACAUUGCGAAUGAAGACCGCUGGGAAAAUCAAACCAAUCAGUCGAACUCAAGGCCUACAGCUAUCCGUCAGGCACCCAAGAAACUCUCCCUCGUCGAUCGGCUAGAUUCCACUGCGCUCCAGGAUUCGUACAAAGCAUCGCAGGCAGCUUCUCUGCCUCUAAACCAUGUUGCGCAUCAACUGUCUCCCAUCCCACAGUCUGCGGUUCCGCAGACAUCGAAAGCCGAGCUUCGUCGGCGUGUUAAUUCAUGGCGAGCGAGCGCAUCCUUAGAUCCUACAUCAAUGACAGAGUCAUACCAGCCCAUCCCUGAUGCUACAUUGGGCGCUGCGGCGAUUCAGCCUACGGAUGAGUACCCCUUGGAGGUAGAGGCAGGAGCCCAAGAGCCCCUGAAUUUGGCAGACUAUGCCUGGUCCGUCACAUCCGCUGGGCCACUUAGUCCGUCUCCGGAUUCUCCAUCGUCUUCCUACCGUCUUCCCUCUGUUCAUCUUGAUCGUCGCAUGCAGGAAUCUGUGCUGUUGACACCGAUUACAGCAACUAGUUGGGGACCUCUGGAUGAUGAUUGGCUUUCAGACGUGUCAAGCAUCGAUCGUUUGCCUUCGCCUGACAUUGGUAGACGUAUGCUUGAGAGCGCACCCCUCACCCCCGCCACAGCCACUAGUUGGGGGCCUGCUGACGAUUGGCGGUCAGAUGUGUCCAGUGUCGAUCGCUUGCCGUCCCCAGACAUUGCUCACCGAAUACUGGAAGAUGCUUUAGCGAGUCCAGCCUCUGAAGGUCCAGUUUCCCAGGUUAGAAACGUAUCACCUGCAGGGGAGUCAUACAGCCCAUGGGCGAGCAUGUCUGCUUCAUUGUCUUCAUGGUUCGAUGUUUCAAAAGUGGCGACACUUCCAUCAACUACUUAUAAUCCUUGGGCUGGAAUGCCAUGGGUUCAAGUUUGGCCUUGCACCUCUUCAAAUCCCUGGGUUGGCAUGCCCUGGUUUAACGUUGGACCGUGGCAUGAAGUUGACGGUGUACAGUCUAGAAAUUCCAUGUUCAUCUCACUCAGUCGACAAGGAGGGUUGAAAUCUGAAUAUCCUAGUCUAGACAUAUACCCAGCUUCCUACCCUUAUUUCGAUAUUUAUCCUGCUUGCGAUGUGAAUAGCGGCCUCAGCAGCGCUGGAGGUUAUCCUAUACUUGAAAUUUAUCCUGCAGUUUACCCUCAUUUUAACUUAUAUCCUUCGAUUGCAUGCUCAGUUAUUAAUUCUGCUGAAAAGACGGCCGCCUCUCAGCCAAAAAAAUCUGUCAUUGUGGAACUUGCUCCAGCUUACCCCCUAUUUAAUCUUUACCCGCCUCUUUACCCGUAUAACCUCAAUUCGAUUUAUCCGGCACCAGCCAUCGAAUUAUCUUCAUCUGUAGUGCUCCCCAGUAGCUAUCCCCCUAUGAGCAUAUCUCAGACUCACUACAAGUCGGAAUGUGUGAAAGUCACCUUAGCUAGGUAUUACCCGUCAUUUGAUUUAUAUCCUCCCGCUUAUCCUCACUUUGACCUGUAUCCACGUGUUCAGAUACAUGCGUCCUGUGAUGACAAGGAUCUGACGACUAGCAAGUCUUUCGAUGCGAGUAGCACGUACCCCUUCUUGGUCAUUUAUCCUGCUGUGUAUCCGCACUUCGAUCUGUAUCCCUCCCGUGCGGCAGAAUUAGCAAGUCAGGAGGAGGACAUUACCAACAAUAAGCUUUUCAUUUCGAGCAGCACGUACCCCUUCUUGGUCAUUUAUCCUGCUGUGUACCCCCACUUCGAUCUGUAUCCCGCCCGUGCGGCAGAAUUAGCGAGUCGGGAGGAGGAUAUGACCAGUGGCAAAUUCUCCGUUCCAUUGUAUCCCUUCCUUGUCGUUUAUCCUGCCGUGUAUCCGCACUUCGAUCUGUAUCCUGCCCGCGCGGCAGAAUUAGCGAGUCGGGAGGCGGACAUAUCUAACAGCAAGCCUUCCGUUUCGAGUAGCACGUACCCCUUCUUGGUCAUUUAUCCGUCUGUGUAUCCCUACUUCGAUCUGUAUCCUCGUAUCCUCUCGAGAGUUGAUGCUCCUGCUGCAAGCGGAAAAUCAACUGUUAGAAUGGACCACGGGUACCCAGUCUUGAAUAUCUACCCUGCUGUCUACCCGCACUUGGAUAUUUACCCCGCGCUUGGAAAGGUAGCGCAGCCAUCUCAGAAGGUGACUUAUAUGUCAGUGCGCCCGUUAUCUGCGAAAAGGCGCAGAAAGACGCACGCCGAACUACACACCGAGGUGGCGCAGUCACCUGGAUUCCUUGUGGCUAGGAGAAAGUCUACAAAAACACACCAUCAGCUACAUGUAGAGGUUUUUGUCAACGGAGUCACUUGGACACCUAGCGGAUAUGUGCAAGACCUAGCACUUCCUGACAGACCACACGAAGACUCCAAUCGUAGCUCGCGGCGUCGAAUGCCCUCUGUGCAUGAAAUAAUACCUCGACUGCCACAUUCCCACUCGGUAUCCCUCUCUAACCAGCAAUUGCCGACUAGUCCAUCGCUUCGAGAGAGACAACAACAUGUGUUGCAUAACGCUCCACCCAUUCCCCCUCUCCGCAUCAGCAGUCCAGGGGUGCCAGUUGUGUCGGAGUUCCCAAUUCCUGUAUCACCACCUGCAUCACCUCCGUCACGGUUGUCACAGGCCGUGAGAUCCUUUAGAUCGUCGAUCAUGCAGGGGCGCUCAGAUAACCACAACGAGAGGGCGAAAUCUCCCACAGGGUCUAUGUUCACUUCCUUUGAUCGACGCAGCUCUAUGAUUCCACCACUAUCUUCUCAUGACCCAUCAGACCGCUUGGGACGCAGUCGUGUUCAACAGGGCCUUGUUUUGCAGAGGGCUAGGGCAUAUGAACAAUCGACUUGUAUGUCAUUUUCUUUCUGCGUUCACUUGGAAUCAAAUCUGACCAUCGAAUUCAAAGCUUCAUCCAGGCAUCGUUCUCACAGCGUGCAAGACACGCAAUUACCACUGCCCUCACUGCUUCCCAUUCCUGAUUUUCCCCAUGCAAUAGAUCUGAGUUUGAAGGCUGACAUGGACGGGGGGUCAAGUCUGUUAAAGAACGCCACUCCUUCAACCUCGUCUUGA